AUGAAUCGUUUUUACACGUACGGUAGUGUUGAAUCAAUUCCUUAUUACAACUGCUCCCAUAAAAAUUUCACGGAAUGGGAGAAGACUGGACAAAAACGACCGUAUUUCGGAUGGCCACUGGUAGUUUUUGGAGUCCUCGUGGAGUUGUUGUACAUUCCAGUUAUCUAUAUUAUAUUUAAAACAAAACUUAUCAGACAUCCGUGUUAUAAAAUAAUUCUCCAUUUUGGCCCUAAUUGAUAUGAGUGCAACCUGCUGUAGUUGCAUAAUUACUGAAAGUUUAUUAAUCGUCGGAGCCGUUUUUUGCAUGCAUUCAACAUUCAUUUAUGUGUCUGGGUUAUUUGUGUUUAACACUUGGUGCAUGGCCUGUGCAACAACAAUUUCUCUAUUUCUGAACCGAGUUAUAAGCAUUGGAUUUCGAAAGUAUGCAGAUGAAAUCGAAAAGAAAAUUGCAUAUAUUUCAAAGUUUCUCUUGGUUUCAUAUGGAUCUUUCGUGUUUUGGUUUACUCCAUCACUCAUAUUCAAUUCAGUUUUCAUGUGUUGGAUUGCAGAUCCAUUGUCAGAAACUGUGCCGAGCAAGGAGGCAGCUGCAAUGUACAAAAACACGGUUCAAGCAAGGCAUAACUUUUUAUUCGUGGCUUUCAUGUUCACAUUGUUUACCAUAUAUUUUGUACUGGUGAAACAACAUGACAGAAGUCAAAGGCUUCUCGGGCGAUCUUUGUCCAGUGCUCAGUGAUCUGUUUCUUCAACACAGGCGGUGCACUAGUCUACAAUGCAUGUGCAAUUGUAACUCCUGCUCCAUGGAUUCUUGUAUUCGGUCAAAUAUGCUGGUCAUGUAAUCAUGCGUGCCCAGCUGUAAUCUAUGUCACGCUGAAUGAAACUAUCCGAAGGGAGUUCCUAAAACUCCUGUUCGGAGCAAGGUGCUCUCAGAAAAUUCACGACACAAGCACAGACAAAGGAGUGCUGUUCAAUAAUA